AUGACUCCUGUGCCUGGGACGCCUCGUCGGCCUGCGUCGAGCAGAGCUCGUUCGAGCCGCCCUAGAUCUGCCGCCGCGGCCUCACGAUCCGAGAAAUCGACUCCUGCCAACAUCUCGUCCGAGCCCCCACUAAAGAAACGAAGAUACAUACCGGGCGGCCCAGGUGGCGGAGGGAGAUAUGUGGACGAAGAUGGAACGGAGCUGCCUGUGGGAGGAACGGGUCCUGGAGGAUACAACUAUGUUGGACCGCGUGGGCGCAUCGGACGGCAGAACGCCGCGAUGGGCUUGGUUCCACAAGUUUAUCCGAGAAGAGAUCGAAGCACCAGAACUCGAACAGUCCUUCCACGCUCACAACAACCGCCAAUGAGGUUCAGCUCCGCAGCUCAGGUCGCUGCGGUAGUGCAGAACGACGCGUAUAAACCGAGAGAAGAGAGAGCAUGGGAGGAAUUUCACCCAAACUUGGAUAUUGAAGGCGCGCUCCGCGCAUUUACUGCAUAUGAAGUCCAGGGAAUACCAGAGUCGAGACCCGUCACUCCCACAAAUGCGCCUCUGUCAACCGAUGGCUCCGCUACUGGCGCGAAUGGCAGUCUCACUCCGAAUGGAUUUGAGCCACUGAAGGUGAAGGAUGAAGGGAUCCCAACGCCUGCCGCUUCCCUGAACGGAGAAUCCGCGUUGACUAUUGCCAUACCAGGAACGCCUGGCGGAGGAAAGCGAAGACCUGGCCGUCCUCCCAAAGAUCCCGCUGCGUUCUAUGCUGCCAAAGCUGCGAAGCUUGGCGUAACCUUACAAUCUCCGGGAAUCCUCCAAAAGGUGCCCAAAGUUAGCCCCCCGGUGCAAAACAUCAACGCAAAGGAGAAGUUGACAUUGCCACAACCGUCGUAUCGGAAAACGGACACCUUGGCUAGGUUCGAAGAUAAAGCUCUUGGACUGGUCCGUUAUGUGGACAAAUCCAUGGCCAACGUUGGAUAUCAAGAAACGGAUGUUUUUAUCCGUCGACCACAUAGACUCAUCAAAGUCUCCGACUCAAAUCUGGAAGAAGAUCUUGAUCUCGGCCCUAGCCAUAAGAGCAACGGCGAAGGCAUCGUAGCGCUUGGUAGCGGUGGUGUCGGUCGCGUAGAAUACGAUAUGGACGAGCAAGAUGAUAAAUGGCUACAAGAAUACAAUGCGGAUAGGAAAAUGGCAGGGUUUGAGCCGAUUACGCGGGAAAUAUUCGAGAUUGCAAUCACCAAAAUCGAAAAGGAGUGGCACGCGUUAGAGAAGCGCAUACCAAAACCAAAUCCGAAGCCGCCCCAAACGCAUCGCCCGAGAUCGAGCUCCGCCGCUGCUGUCAAUGGCGAGCCUCAAGCUGGAGAGGAGCAGGAUAGCAAGUGCGCUAUUUGUGAUGACGGAGAUUGUGAGAAUACAAACGCCAUUGUAUUCUGUGAUGGCUGUGACUUGGCUGUACAUCAGGAGUGCUAUGGUGUUCCAUUUAUCCCGGAAGGCCAGUGGCUGUGUCGGAAGUGCCAGCUGAUUGGUCGCGGUAUCCCCACUUGCAUCUUCUGUCCAAAUACCGAUGGAGCGUUCAAGCAAACAAAUGCCUCGAAGUGGGCCCAUCUCCUCUGCGCAAUGUGGAUUCCUGAAGUCUCUCUUGGUAACCAUACAUUUAUGGAGCCAGUGAUGGAUGUGGAGAAGGUACCAAAGACGCGGUGGAAGUUAACCUGCUAUCUAUGCCAUCAACGGAUGGGUGCUUGUAUCCAGUGCGGCAACAAGGCCUGCUACCAGGCGUUCCAUGUUACAUGCGCUCGACGGGCUCGCCUAUUCCUGAAAAUGAAAAAUAACCACGGCACUCUCGCUGUACUGGAUGGAAAUGCUGUUUUGAAGGCAUUUUGCGACAAACACUGUCCUUCAGAUUAUACCAAAGAGAACGAUGUCCCCGGGGCAACACGGGCAGCACGUUCUUACUACAAGAGAGCUAUGCGCGGUCGCCUAUGGGCGGAUAGUCAAGCGUCGGCUUUAGCAAUGGCUGCGACACACCGUCAUGCGAUUAUGGAGCAUCCCCCAGACGAAUCGCAAAUUGCUGGUGUCAAAGCAUCAUUAACCUUGGCCGAAAGCAAGAAAGGCGCGCAGCCGCCAAAGGCGAUUUGGAAGCUCCCCUCCGGCGCACCAGUCAUUCCCCAGGUCGUAUUCAACUCGGUUGAAAGCUCGCUUCAACGUUUCAAUAUUCGCAAACGCAAAGAAUAUGCAGCCGAUGCUUGUAGAUACUGGACCCUCAAGCGCGAGGCACGGCGAGGGGCGGCGCUCCUCAAGCGUCUACAAUUGCAGAUGGAGACGUUUUCUUCUAUGGAGAUUACCCGGCGCAAUUUUGCUGGUAUGGGACCCGCUGGUAGACCGAGACUUGCGCGACGGAUCGAGUUCGCCGAGACUUUGACUCAAGAUCUAGAAAGAUUGAAAGCUUUGGCAGAAGAUGCUGUGAAGCGAGAAAGAGAGAAACUUACGGCAGUCGAGCUUGAAGAAGAUGUUGUCGACACUGUAUACUUUCCAGUCGCCAAAUUCUUCGCGCCAAUCAUUAAUAAAGCCCUAGCGCUUGAUAUAAAACUGGUCUUUACCAACGGUCUAAUCGAACUGCAGAAACGAGUUGAGCAGCGAUUCUACACUACAGCCACGGCUUUUGCCCAGGAUCUUGGCACAGUGGUCCACAACGGCAUAGUAUCACAACCGGUCCAAGACCCUGAUGUACCGGUUUCGAGCGAGAUCGUAAGGCAUGUCGUUCACGACGUAAAGGAGAGAAAGAAACUCGGCAAGAGGAUCAUCAAAGCCGUCCAGCCUCAACUUCAACUGGCCGUCCGUGCCGAGGCUGAUAUUUCUGGCAAAUCUGCGGAAGAACUCGUGCAGGAAUUAGAUCAGCUACUAGAAUCUAGUUUCCAGGUAACGGGAGAUACGAUUGCCGUAUCAGUCGGCGAUUCAGCAUCGCUGGCAGAUGCCGAGAUGAAGCAUGAAGGCGACGUUCACAUGUCAAAUGGUGUUGAGCUGGCGAAUGGUAUAGCUCAGAAUUCUGGGCACGACGACGUGGAAAUGCAGGACGUGGAUGCACCUGGCGAAGAAGACGACAUAGAAAAUGGUACGUCUGCCAUAGCGCUUGUUGAAGUUGAUGCGAACAUAUCGCAAACUAAAACAGAUGCUGUCAACGGCACCAAGGGCAACAAACAUUCCGGCGCCAAUGGCAAUGCAUCCGCUGUUCAGAAUAACAACCCCCCUACACCUCCGCUCUCAAAUGGCGAUAUUAACGUUGAUCGCGCGGAUUCUCUGACCACAGGCGGAAUUCCUUGGUACCUCAAGGAAUUCCAUCCAGAAGGGACAACCAUUUCGGAAGAACAAUGGACUGGCAGAGAGGCUAUAUCUCGAUUGAGUGAAGAUCUAAGUGAUAUGGACGACGAUGAGUUGAAGGGCCUAGGACUUGGAUUGGAUGUUGCUGAGGGAAACGAUGAUAUCGUCGUCGCCCCGCCUACCGUCACGAAAGCCAAAAAGGCCAGGCCGAAGAGGAGCAGGAAAGGAGGUAGAAGAUGA